CUCGCUAUUGACUUCCGAAAUACUUUGGUAUUCCAUUCGCUCUUCAACUUGUGGAACAAAUCUAUCAACACCUUGUUUCCUAAAAUAUGUCUUGGAAGCCAUCGAUCCGGAUCUUUCAUCUUUUCCUCGUUUUCCUUCUCGCCGUCGGAGAUCUCAGUUCACAUAUUUUCGCAGACGCUAAUGCUAUAGACUGCAAGUACAGUUGGUCUAAAGGACGCGCCCUGGAAGACGGGACCAUACCAUACUUGUGUCAUACUUCACUCAAUACCGUUUACAAAUGUACAUGGUGUGGAAGGAAUGAUCAUUUGAUACCCUCUACGAGUAAUUGCGUUGAUUACAGUGGAAAAGUGGUGGCAGGAGGCGGAACAUUGACUUGCGACAUCGCAAUUGCUGUCACAAGCGACCGUCCAGAUGGCCGAACACUCAUUUGCACCCAUACUGCAAGGGAUAAAACGUCGAAUGCGUACUAUUGCAUGACUCUCAAAGUCUUCCAGCAAUGUCCGCAGGGUUCGUGUAAAGCCGAAUAACACGUUGAAUUAAUUCGUGUCUUGUCACAUUUACAAAGUGGUUCAAUUCAGGACUAGAGGAAAUGUGACUCGUUGGGCUUGGUCCGGAUCAAAGCUCAUCAGAUAUAACCUAUGAUAUUUGUGGUAUGUAAACAAGAACUGGCAUUCCACUUAGAAAAGGCAGUCAUCAUUCCGGACCACCACAGAAAAUGUCUUUACACCUCGACCAACCUCUUGGAUGUGUUUCCAAACUAGUGUCCCAGUGAUGACUUGCAACCCUUGAUGAAAUGCUCUGUAUGUACCAAAGCCAGUGUUUUUUUACC